AUGGUGGAUCUCGAGCCCACUGUCGUGGACGAAGUACGUACUGGCACCUACCGGCAGCUCUUCCACCCGGAGCAGCUUAUCAGCGGCAAAGAAGAUGCAGCAAACAAUUUCGCUCGUGGCCACUACACGAUCGGAAAAGAGAUUGUGGACUUGGUUCUCGACCGCAUCCGAAAGCUUGCUGACAAUUGUACCGGCUUGCAGGGCUUUUGCGUCUACAAUGCCUGCGGCGGAGGCACCGGAUCUGGCCUGGGCUGUUUGAUGUUGGAGCGCCUCUCCGUGGACUACGGUAAGAAGAGCAAGAUCUCCUUUACGGUGUGGUGCUGCCCCCAGGUUGCCACAGCUGUUGUCGAGCCAUACAACACUGUUUUGUGCGUGCAUUCCCUGCUGGAGCACACAGAUGUGACCAUCAUGUACGACAAUGAGGCGUUGUAUGACAUUUGCCGCAGGAACCUGGACAUCGAGCGCCCCACCUACACGAACCUGAACCGCCUCAUUGCCCAGAUUAUCUCCAGUCUCACGGCAUCCCUGCGGUUCGAUGGCGCCCUGAACGUGGACAUCACGGAGUUCCAAACGAACCUGGUGCCAUAUCCUC